UUUGCAGUGGGCAGGAGAAUGGUGUUAUUAAUUGUACACAUGUGAACUUUGUAGUUCAAAGUCCAAAUAUAUGGCUUUUAUACCAAAAUACCUCAGUUUUCACCUUGCGAUCGGGUUAAUACUACAUCUUGUGCAAGGAAACGAAGAAAUCAGUCUUGGUGUUGACUUUCAUCCAAGCAAAUAUGUAGAAAUAGCUGUACAAAAAAGUUCCUUCACUUUAAACUGUUCAGUGACUUCGACGGACAAAAAUCGUCCGCUAACAUAUAUUUGGCAUAAAGAUGGAGUACCCCUGACCUCACAGCAACGGCCAGUGAUAUUAAACAAUGGAUCUCUGUAUAUUAAAAGGAUCCGUAAAAAUAAAAAGUGGAAUGAUGAGGGGAAAUAUCAGUGUAUUGCCAGUAAUAGUAUUGGUAAAAUUUUAGCUCCUGUGAUUCUGUUAAAAAUCAGAAGCAUAGAAAAAUUUUUUACAAAAGAGCCUUCACCAUGGCAGGGAUAUUUAGGUGGUGUGGCGCGAUUUGAAUGCAAUAUCAACUCUGUACCUCCUCCGUCAUAUGUAUGGCAAAAAGAUAAAAAAAAUAUACCUCAAAAUGAUCGAUACACAACAUUCUCCUCAGGUGUUUUACAAAUCACAAACCUCAAAUAUGAAGAUGCAGGAAUGUAUCGCUGCAUUGCAUAUUCUUCCGGGUCUGUACUGGGACGUACCGAAGUUACAAGUAACUUCAAAAACAAAAACAGCAAGGAAGGACAAUUAACAGUUUUAAAUCGUAAAGAUAGGCAGGGUCCGAGGAUGCUUGCUCCACCUCAAAAUAAUACGGGUAUUAUUGGUGAAUCGACUGUAUUGGAAUGUCUGAUUGGAGGCAAACCUUUACCAGGUGUUAUUUGGACACGUAAAGAUAAACUGUCAGUAUCUGGAGUCAGAUAUGGUUCUACCAAUCUCAAGUUUGAUAAGUUAAAAGCAACUGAUGAAGGCAUUUAUAUCUGUACAUCAAAUUCUACAGCUUAUCCUAAUGUACACUCUGAAGCUGUUCUCACUGUGUUAAGUCCACCUAAGGUAGUUACUGCUCUCAAAUCCCAGAAGUGGCCUGUAGCAAGAAAUGUAAUAUUUGAUUGUGUUAUUAGCGGAGUUCCUAAACCAGACAUCAAAUGGUUUUUAAAUGGACAGCCAGUUGAUAAAACAAAUGAAAGACUAGAUGUAAGAUCAGACAAGUUGGUGGUUUUAUCUGCUGAUCCAACUCACUCAGGUUAUUAUCAGUGUGUAGGAGAAAACAGUGUAGGACAAAAUAUGUCCACAGCUUACCUGGAAAUAUUUAAAACAGAUGGUGCUCCUGAACCGCCUAAUGAUGUCAAUGGCUCUGCUGUCUCGAGUUCAGAAAUACUGUUGAAAUGGUCUCCAACAGAUAGUCAACUUCUUACUUACAUGGUUUUGUACUCGAAAGCAUUAGGACAACUUGAUACUACAUUUGUUCAAAUACCAGAAUGUAGAGUAAAAGAACUCGAUGCUCACACAAACUAUACAUUAUUUGUCAAGAGUGUCAAUAAGAUGGGUGUUAGUCCAGCUUCAAAGAGUGUUACAAUUCUUACAAAAGAAGAUGUACCUGUGGUUGCUCCAAAGAUAACUAUGUAUAGUACACAAGCUAAUAAUAUAGAGGUAUCUUGGGAUGAGUUAAAACCUGAGGAAGCCAGAGGUGUCAUUGCUAAAUAUAAGAUCUAUUUUCGUAAAACUUCUGAUUUAAUUCAGUAUGAUGAUGAAAUUGAUGGAAAUCGUAAAUCAUAUCUGAUCACAGGAUUAGAACCAGACACUGAUUAUGAAGUGCGCGUAAAGGCAGCUACUAGUGUAGGUUAUCCUGAUCUACCAGACACAAAUUGGCCCUGGGUUAAAUAUCAAACACCAGAAUAUUAUGGUGCUCACAUCCCUUUACCACCAAAACUUCGCUUUACUUUUGUCAAUUCUACCAGUGCUUCCUUUACUUGGGAACAGAAAGGUUCAGAUGAAAAUACGUCUUUUGAACUAACAUUCAGAAAUCUAAAAACUGACACAACAAUUCUGGACAAAGUUGUUCUCAAGGCACCCGAAUCGUCCUAUGUUCUUUCUAAUCUAGAGAACAAUACAGCUUAUGAGGUAACCAUGGUGGCAACAAAUGCACAAGGGUCAUCUUCUCCUGCUUCUAAGGAAUUUUCUACCUCCGACAAUGGCGUUCCAGAACCACCAGACAAUGUUGAUUCUGAGGCAAUAUCAUCUAAUACAGUGUUGUUGAGUUGGAGUUCAGGUCGUAGGGAAUAUGAUACUAUGUAUGAAGUGUGUUACUAUCCUACCAACAGUGAGAAUUCUCUGAAAUGCCAGGAAAGUGUCACCAAUAAUGCCAGAAUUACAAAUCUGAAGCCUUUCACUGAUUACAGUUUUAAAAUACGUACUAAGAUAGUCAAUCAAGACAGCAUGUUUAGCAGAAUUGUUAGUAUACAGACUAAACAAGAUGUACCCAGUGCGCCUACUAAUAUAACAUGGGAAAUAGUCUCGACUGGUAUUGUUGAGAUAAAAUGGGAUCCACCAUCAGAACCUAAUGGUGUCAUAACUUCUUACAUUAUCUUCUACAACCAUGACAAUUCACUACCAGAUAAAAAAUGGAAUAAUGUCACAAAGAAAGGUGUUAUUACAACAGCUAGAGUUGAUGAACUAACAGCAGCAUCGUAUUAUGUUAAAUUAAGUGCAUGUACUGAAGCUGGACAAGGUAACCCAUCACCAGUUAUAACAGUUUAUCCUGGAAGUUGUGUUGACGGCCAUCAUGACACUUGUAAAGAUGCUAGUAUGAUAGGAUCAUUUCUUACUAGACAAGAAGUUGGAAUUAUCAUUGGAGUUACUAUUGGGGUUCUAUGUAUAAUCAUCUGUAUACUUGUUAUUGUAUUUCGGCGAAAGUUUAAAAUGUUAUUCAGAUGUUUCUAUAACGAGGAUCAUCUAACUUUACCACCGCCAACUUACCAUGGUAACGGACAUCUUCCUAGAACUGGUAACGGUCAUGUCAACAGAAGUUCAGAACACAUACCCAUGGAUCAACAUGAUGCAGAUGCAUUUACUCCCAUGUUAACCAAACUACCAGAGAAUGAACAAUCAGACUCAAAGGGUGGAGGUAAUAUGAUAGUCACUCCAAAUGGUGUGAGAACACGAGGCUUCAAUUGUCAAAAUGGACACAUAGCCAAUGGGCAUGUACCCACGUUUCCUAGCAGCAACAAUAGUCAUCUUGAUGUCAGCAGCAAUAGAGAGCAGGAACAUCAUGGUUUGAUGGCUGCUAUGCUUGCCGCCACAGAUGGCAGUGUGACUGGAGAGGGCAGUGAAUCGGCCGCCAAUAGCAGUAGUGUGAUGGAAGGAGAUAGUGGCUCCCUAGAAGAUAUAGAUCGAAGUGUAGGAAGUGUAGGGGAGAAUUUUGGAACAGCCACUCCACAACUGGCUUCUCCAAACAGUUUAGUUGAUGGUGAUCCAUGUGUAAUAGAGGCAGCAACUCUGGCAGUUAUUACUGAUACAGGACAGCCAACACCCAACAUUUCACCUCAACACAAACAGCAUGGCUCUUUACUCAGGAACAAAUACCACCAGUCAACAUCUACCUCACCUUCUAGGGUCAACAAGGAGCUGCCACCCCCUCCUCCAGAUCCUCCUCGCUGCUCUAAUACCACCCAUCCUGACCUCACACUGAACUCUAUACCUGCCAGAGUCCAUGAGAACUCUUUGGCACCUCACCAAAUACAAACAACGGUCCGUGAUGGGAGAACCGUUUCUGCAGCUAAAAACUCUCACUCUGUUGUGUGAUUUUUAAUAAUUUUUUUUUCUUUACAAAUAUAUGAAAACGACUGACCUCAAUUAUCAUGUGCGGGUGUAGCCGGAUUAUCUUACGGCUGAUCGAAGCUGUGCUUCAAUAUGGAUAUUCACAACAAACUGAACAUGCGGGUAUUAUACAAACUCUUUUAUACUUUUCUUUUUGAUCAAUCAGCAGGAAUUUUUGUGGUCAAAAUACCUCAUUGAUUAUAUUAUAACUGACUGAAGCUAGCCAACGGAUUUCUAUCAAAAUAAGGACAUUUUGUUUUGUGGAGGCUUGAGAGGUAUCUUGUGUUGUUAUUACAAUAACAGUCUAGAAACAUAGUAAAUGAGGAUCGCAUUUUGUAUUUGGUGUGAGGUGAAGUCAAAGGUUGGAGUUGAAGCUAUGGCAGUCAAUGUUUUAAUGAUAUUGUUUACCUCAAAAUAUAAAAAGACUUAGUGUUUGGAGAGAGUGUGAGAGAGAAAGAGAGAGCUCAGGGUAGUACACCUUUGCUUACAAAAAGACAACAAUUAUGUUAUAUCUCAGUUACUGUAUUUAUAUAUAUAUAGUGACUGGACCACUUCAAUUUUCAUUUAUAUAACUGUACAGUUUCAAUAUAACUAUUAGAUUAGUUUAUUACCAGUGUAAUACUGGAGUUUGUGUACCAUAUGAUCUUUGAGGUGAAAUUAGCGUGGUGAAUAUUACAGGCAGCUUAUCCCAAUAUUUGCAGCCAAAAACUUUACAUACACCACUACAUAUAGGUGUUUCCCCGGUGAAAAAUUUCCACGUCAAUCGAACCUCAAUUUAUUUUUUUGUUUAUUCAUUGGUCUCAUUCUGUUCUUUUCACGGACAAUUAAAGUACAGUGCUGCACAUAAUUAACUUGUAUAGGCCUAUAUGCUGACAGUUAAUCAGUUGUGAAAACAAGUAUUGUACAAAAUGAUAGACACGUUAAUUUUGUAAUAUACUGAACUUGCUUUCUUUUCAAGGAAAAGGCUAGCCAUUGCAGGUUCUGCAAUGUUAUUCAUUAUCUAGUAUUGAAAUAGUCUAAACUAUGCUCAACACAAAGAAGUAGUUUUGUUUUGAUUUUGACUUCAUAGGGGUAACUGUCAUAAACAAGCAUAUGAUCGUGUUUAUAAACAGUUAAUGGUAAUUACCCUUAUGUGGCCACAGCCGGUAUCUUAUUCUGUUUAUUAAAGGGAAAUGUGUUUUAUUUCGAGUUCUGCAUUGGUGAAACUGUUUAAAAUCAGGUAAUAAAUAAAAGAAUCUGCAGCAGCUGGAUUUCCCUUGUCUCUAUUAACUUACAGUCAGUAUAUUAGAAUGAGAUCAAUGAAUGAACGUCUAGUUACUGAAUGGUUUUGUAUUUAUGUAUAGUUUGCCAUCAAUAACUGGACUUAUUUAAUACAUGUAGUAUAAACACUGUCUGUCCCUUACUCUGGGCAGCUGAUAUUAUUAUUAUUAAUCCUCUUUUAUGUCCGACUAUUCCUCUCGUAAUUUUGUCAGUAUUUAUAGUAACUAAUGACCUGAAUGCCAGGAUAACAUUUUGCCUGUUUGAUUUCCGCCCUGACUUUUCGCGUCGGGAUUGUUACCUCAGUGUCGAAUCUACCUCAGGUCACCACCCCUGAAAUCGUCUCAGGGAGUUAAAGUCACUAUUAAACUAGGGGUGGUGAUGGGGCAUGCUAAAUUCCGGGUCAUGUUGUGGUGGCUAGAUGCAACAAAACCACGACAUCAAUUAACAGUACACCCCGCCUAUGUUUUAUAAGUACCGUGUGUGUGUGUACAGUUUAUAUAUAUGUAUGAUAUAGCAGUGCUGUUGUAAAUACUCAUUGAACUUGAUAUGUUGAAGUAGAGUGAUGUAGUUAUAUUAAGGUACGUCAAGUUCAGUUGGUAUUUGACUGUAGAUGUUGUAUUGGAGCAAUCAUUUUAUAUUUUACUCUCUAGUAGACUCUCUAUAUAGCAUCAGAGCAGGGGGUGAGAAGUAGUGGGCAUUUCUUUAUAUGUUUUACAUUUACUGGUUUUCUUUAAGGUCAUUAUUAAUCGUCGUAUAUAUUAUUUUGAUGUUAUUAUCAUUAUCAGAAAGUCUAACUGUUAAAAUACCUCUUUUUUAUUAUGAAAUUGUUUGAGUUUUAACUCUAAAACUUGCCAAUACAUGUUUUCAUUAAGAAAUGAAAUUGCAAUCGUGUCAUGAUUUUUCUAAAAUGGUUUAAACCUUUAAUCAUUGAUGUUUACAAAAAUGAAAUUAGUCUAAAUCUUUAUGAGCUCAUUGCAAAUUCAACUGAUUUCUAGCAAUUGUAUAAAAAAACCUUUGAUCCUUUUUGGGUUUACACCAACUAUUAAAAUGGGUCAGUCCGUCGCCGAUCGUCUGUAACAAUUUCUGAGACACAAUAACUCUCCUUCUAAUUGAGGUAGAAUGUUCAAACUUGGUGUAGGUGUUUAUUAGGUGAAGGCCUUGACAGUGUUCGAUCAUGCAGGUUUUCCACUAAGGCUGAGCAGAGAUAAGCAAUUUGAUUGGUUAAGACUCUUUUAGAACAUGAUAACUUUGGGUCUAAUUGGGUGAAAGUGAAGAACAUAACAACUCUGCUUUUAAUUGAGGUAGAGUGUUUAAACUUGAGAAUGUCUUGACUGAGUUCAAUGAUUAACAUUUUCCACUAAAACUAAGCAAUUUCAUUGGUCAAUGCUUUGGUACAAGAUCGCUUUGAGAGAUGAAACUUAAACUACCAGGUACUCUAAAACCUUGACUUGAGUUGAUGAUGAAAAUUUUCUGCUUAGACCAUGAAUGUGCAAUUAAUUAGUAUGUGUCAUCUAUUUUGGGAUUGCGGUGGGGAACAUCAGCCUCACGUUUGGCUUGUUAUUUUUAUUAUGGGUUUCUGUAGGAAUUUUUUUUUCUUGGUCUUGUAGGCUAAGAUCUUGAUGCGUUCAGGAUGUUAUCACCUCAUAUUGUAUUAUAUAGCAUUGUUAUGUGUAUGAUAAUUAUAUUAAUGUUUUGUUAACUUAUUAUAUACCCUUAUUGAUAAGGUUAAACAGUUAAAAAUAUUAAAUAUAAAUUAUUAGUUAAUUAUUUUUAUCAUUAGCAUAUUUUGGUCUGUUGUGGAAAUUAUUUAUGAUUUUAAGUUCUUUUAACAUUUGGUUGUUGUAUUUAUGUACACAUGAUUUUAAUUAUUGUUUCAUUUUUAUUUUUUGGGGAAAGAAAUGAGUAUCUUGAAAAGAUUUAUUUAAUUUGUUCCAAAAUUUUUAUCAUUCUUUUAAGUUUGUUCUUUUUGUUUAUUUCAUGUUUUGUUAGUUAUUAUUAAAAUUUAAUCAAAAACCACAUGGACACUGUCAAAAAAAUUAAUUUGAAAAUUGAACACAUGAAUGACUUUGAAAUAAGGUUUCAGCAAAAUUUGUGCAAUUUUUCAUCACUGCUAUUUGUGUAGAUGUUUAUAUGUGAACAUUUAUUAUAGAACAAUAUCAGUUGUAGAGAAUUUUCUUAUAUUUUUCGGUGUAAUAUUUGAAUACCUCUAAACUAGAUUUUAUAUUAACAAUAUACCUCAUUUCAAUACUGGUAAACAUUGACUACAAGAUAUAAGCACAUCUUCUCUUGUAUCCAGUACAGGUACAAGUAAAUAUCCAUAGGAUAUUUUAGCUACUGGUUAUAUCUCUAUAUUCAACAAUGACUAUUUUGUAUAUUGGUUACCAUACCUCAUAUCCUUUAAAUUUUCAUUAUGUAAUUAAUUGUAUUAUUAUUUUCGAUGAUAUGUUAUAAAAAAGUCAAUCAAAACUGUUCUAAGCGUUUAAUUCAUGAGAUUUAAACAUUCUUUUUCAGAUUUCUUUAUGAAAUCAAGUUAAUCAACAGAAAUUGAAAUGUAUAUUCUAUAUAUACACAUAUAUAGCAGAAUAAACCACUUUCUAUGAUAUACAUUUAGUAAUUUUUAAUUUCAUCAAAUAUAUCAUCAUCAAUAUGCAUUUAUAUUCAUUUGUUUUCUCAUUUGUUGUAUUAAUGAAAUCAUUGCCCUGGAAUGAUAUAUAUUAUAAAUGCAUGGUGAAACCCUGCUCUGAGAAUGCUCUAGUUUCUGUAUGUUACCAUUGUAUAAUGGUAUUAUCAUUCAUGUACCUUCUGUAUCGCAUGUAAAUUUCAAAAUGGUACAUGUUCAUUUGUUUGUUAGCUAAUGUAAUUUUGUCGUCUGUCAUGUACAUUUUUUUGUCUGAUGUAUUUUCGUAACAUACUCUCGCCACCUUUGUAAGUUCUAUGGUUUAAAUAGUGUAUAAUUUGUAUAACUUAAGUAACAAUGUUCUCGGCUAAUAAUUAGAAACAUUUCAAUCAAGGCAACAAUUUAUGCAAAUUUUUAUCUACAUGUGUAUUGCCUCAAAUUUUUCGAAGGUCUAUCGGGCUCCAUUUAAUAUAUGAAUCUCUGUUAAAUUAGCGAUAUUUCGACUGGUAGCAAGGUCUGAUUUUAUGACAUAGUUUUAUUUUGUUGAUCGAUUUUAAAUUAUAUUGUUUUUCACUGUUGGCAAAGAAAGUGCUAAAGUCAUAAUGGUGACAAAAUUUUAUAUUAAAACAGAAAAAAAUAAUAUUUAGCAAGACCUUGGUUUUGCAGUAAGUCAAUAUUUAUUUUAACUUGUUGUUCUAAAGACUUUUGGUAUGAAUGUAUACAAUAUAAUGUAGAAUUUGACUGUGUUGUUUCUACUUUUAAUGUAAACACUCUGUUCAGUGAGGGAGGGGGGCUGUUUAUUCCUGUUAUAAAGAAGGAAUAUUCACAUAUUUAA